GUCUUCCAUUCUCACAUAACACGUCAACGACCAAAAUGGCACACCAGGGCGGCAAAGCGUUCGGCCAGCUGAAGGCCAAGCAAGCGACCGAUCUCGACGGCAUCAACGCUGAGUUCCUCAGCAGUGGCACGUACGAGGACUUGACCGAGGAGCGCCUGGUCGAGUACCGCACCAAGUUCAUGGAGUACGAUCUCGACCACUCUGGCGACAUUGACUUGAUGGAGCUCAAGCAGAUGAUGGAGAAGCUGGGCCAGGCCAAGACCCACCUUGAACUCAAGAAGAUGAUUGCCGAGGUUGAUCUUGAGGGCCAAGGCACCAUCUCGUACCGUUCCUUCCUCACAAUGAUGCUUGGCAAGAAGUCGUCGAUUUUGCAAAAGAUUCUCAUGUUCGAGGAGAUGAACAAGGAAAAGCCCAAGCCAGUUGGCAUUGCUCGCAAGAAGAGCCUCGAUGAGCUGCCUUAAGUACCAGCACACCCGCUCGACGUAACUUUGUGUUUGAAACGAAAAAAAAAAAUGAGGAAUACUGCACUGUGAAUGAAAUUCUGCUUGUUUCUCCGGACAAACCUUUGUAUCAUCGAGAGUGAAUCAUUGACCCAACUUGCGUUUCUGGAGGAGCGAAGAGGGAGGGAAAA